AACAAAAUUAUUUUCUUCAGUGUAAAUCUAGGUUUUUUUCGCGUUCCGACUUAAAAUUAAACAUGAGUAACAUCUACAUCCAGGAGCCUCCCACGUCGGGGAAGGUCCUGCUGAAAACCACCGUCGGUGACAUCGAUAUCGAAUUGUGGUCACGGGAGUGCCCACUGGCUUGCCGCAAUUUUGUCCAGCUUUGCAUGGAAGGUUACUACAACGGGACCGUGUUCCACCGGCUGGUCAAGGGAUUCAUCGUUCAGGGCGGCGAUCCGAACGGGGACGGCACGGGUGGCGAGUCGAUUUACGGUCACACGUUCCGGGAUGAGUUCCACUCGCGGUUGCGGUUCGUCCGGCGGGGACUGGUCGCGAUGGCCAACUCGGGCAAGCACGACAACGGGUCGCAGUUUUUCUUCACGCUGGGACCGACGCAGGAGCUGCAGAAUGUGCACACACUGUUUGGGAAGGUGGCGGGGGACACGAUCUAUAACAUGUUGCGGCUGGAGGAGGGGGAAGUUUACGAGAAUGAGCGGCCACACUUUCCGGCGAAGAUUCUGAAGACGGAGGUGCUGCACAAUCCGUUUUCGGACAUUGUUCCGAGGGCGCUGAAGAGCAAGAAGAGUGAGGGGAAGGAAACGAAGAAGAAGGAAAAAGGGGUCAAGAAUUACGGGCUGCUUUCGUUUGGGGACGAGGCCGAAGAGGAGGAACAGGAAACGAACGAAUAUGUCCAGAAGAGUGCGUUUUCCGGCAAGAGCAAAAGCUCACACGACGUGCUGGACGAUCCCAAGCUGAGCAAGCAGGCGAUCGAUGUGAAGCCUGGCGGAAGUAAAGCUAAAGUGAAGGCUGCUUCCGGUUCUGAGUCGGAGCAGGAGGUGGAGAAGGAGGAUCGAGGCAGGUCCAGUCGGGACAAGAAACAGAUUGAACAGGACGCGCAAGCCAUUCGGGACAAGCUGAAGAAGAAAAAAGAAGAAUCGAAAACUGCUCCACCGCCCCCGCAAGAGUCAUCCUCGGAUUCCGAUUCCGACUUUGGGCUGGAAAGUGAGCGCAAAAAGGUUAAGCUCGAGCAAGCGGCCAAAAUCCGGGACGAAAUCAGCAAACUCAAGAAGGACUACCAAUCGGACAAGCGCAAAGAUCGUGCCAAGCUAAACCAGGAGGAGGAAAGCAAAAAGAAGAAGCAAGUGACCAGCGAGGUCAUGAAGGAGUUCCUCUCGGUGCAGGAGCAGUACUCGGAGAAGAAAAAGCAACUGCCGAAAAAGGGAAGCUCGCGGGAAAGUUUCACGCUGCAGCUGUUGGAAAAGUUCAAGAACAAACUGCACAACGUUCAGGAGCAGGCGGCCGACGAAGAACCGGAUGAGGCUGCGACUGGUUCCGGUGCCACAGCAGCCGGGGAAGGCGAUGAAGACGUGGAGCAGGACAUUGAGCGGGGCACGUGGUUGUCGCACCGGCUGCAGUUUGAGAAGAACGAUCCCAUUCUGGCGAAGGACGCCGUCACGAAGGAUGACGACUGGUACGACGUGUACGAUCCGCGCAAUCCGUUGAACAAGCGAAAACGGGGCGAAAAGGUGGAGAAGAGGGACAAGGCGGGAAAGUGAAGGUAAGUGCAGCAAUUUAUCACGUUUAUCUUUGUUCUAAUUCCGUGAAUUUGAAAUAUUUAUGACUUUAAAUGCUAAA